AUGAUUAUUGGAUCCUUAAACAUUAGAGGGGGUGGCAAUGCUCUAAAAAGGAGAAGAAUUAAUUCUUUGAUUUUUAAGGGUAAUGCGGAUGUGUUCAUGUUACAAGAAACUAAAUUGGUAGAUAUUCAAGACUUUGUUGCUAAAAGUUUUUGGUGUACAAACGGUAUUGGAUUUUCGUUUUCUAAUGCGACGGGUAGAUCGGGGGGUCUUUUAACUUUGUGGAAGGAAGAUGCGUUAGAGGUAAUUACUAGUUUCAAAGGAGAAGGUUAUCUUGGCAUCAAAUUUAGGAAAAACAAUAAUUUCUUUUACUUAGUGAAUGUUUAUUCCUCUUGUGUUUUGGAUAAGAAAAGAAUUCUUUGGAGAAGGUUGUUGGAUUUAAAGGGGUUGUUCAAUGAUGGGGAAUGGAUUAUAGGAGGGGACUUUAAUGCGAUUAAAGAGCGUGGAGAACGAAAGGGAAAAAAAUUUACUUGGCAAGGAGGUGAUGGUAGAUCGAGGAGUAGGAUUGAUAGAUUUUUGGUGUCGGAUAAAGUGGUGAACGAUUGGGGGAUUGUUGGUCAAUUUGUGGGGGAUAGAGAUUUAUCCGACCAUUGUCCUAUUUGGUUAGAGGUGGAUAACAAUAAUUGGGGGCCAAAACCGUUCAAGUUUAACAAUGAAUGGUUCUCUAUUGAUUCUUUUUUACCUUUUGUGAAGAAGGAGUGGGAAGAUCUAAAGGUAGAAGGAAGAGGGGAUUUUGUCUUGAAAGAAAAACUCCGACUUCUUAAAGGAAGACUUAAUUGGUGGAACAAAGAGGUGUUUGGUAGAAUCGAUUUGGAGAUUGAGGAGGGCGUUAGGGAUAUUAAUUGUGGGGAUGAGUUGUUGAAUGAGAUGGAGGGAGAUUUUCAAUCCGAAUUUCUUCAAAAUAGGAAGGAGGCUACUAGUCGGUUUUGGAAUAAGUUGAGAAUUAAAGAGAAUAUGUUGCUUCAAAAAUCUAGAUUAAAGUGGCUAAAUGAGGGGGAUUCAAAUAGCGGUUUUUUCCACAAAGUUUUGAAAGAUAAGAGGAGACAAAAUCACAUUGGGCCGUUAAAUACUCCGGGCGGAUCCUUGAAUUCCGUAAGGGAGAUUUAA